UCGUGGACCGUCCAAAAGUUCAUGUUGGAACAAAGCUUUUAUUGUAGAUGUAAAGCGGGUAUAAAACAGACUUUAGUGUUUACGUUUACCAAAUUCAAAUAAAAUUAGGUUAAGUACAAAUUCGUAAAACGUCAAACUGUUCCUGUCCUAGAGCUUAGUUGGUAUGGGGCGUGGGGGGUGCCAAGUCGGGAAAAUAAGCUCUCGUCUAUUUAACCAUCUUCCAGCGUCAACGUCGAACGGCACCGUUCUUCACAAUUGUAAAUUCACAAAUUGUUAAAAAUAGGAAAAAAUGGAAAUUCAAAUUUGAAUCUGUACCUGCGCUUCCGUGAAACGACAGGUGUGUCCAUAUGGUGGUCUGUGACUAAUUUCAUGAUGAUGUCAUUAUGUCUAUGUCAUCAGUAUUGUCAGUGUCAUGUCAUUAGCAUUAGAAUAGAAUUGUUUUUAUUAUUCUGAUAUUUAACGAUCAACAAUGAACAUUACACGACGAUUUAAACAAAUUUAAGAUUAUUUUUAUGUUAAAUUAACAACAUACAUGUUCAGAAAUGUUGCUGUAUAUAUUUUGGUGUUUUUCGGUUAUCGAAAUAACUCUUGCACAGAUAGAUCCAUAUAGUUCUAAUAGCUUAAAUGAAAACCCAUAUAACCCCAAUAAUGAUAAUAGUCAGGUAUACAAUCUGAAUAAUCCCAAUUCAAAUUAUAAUCCGGGGUUCAACUACCCUGAUUUGAAUCAAAACCAAGCAAGUAAUCUUAAUCCAGGAUCUACGUUUAAUCAAAACCAAAACCAAAACCAAAAUGGAUAUAAUCGAGAUUUUAACUACAACCAGAAUUAUCCGAGUUCGAAUCCUGGGUAUGGUUAUGGCAGGGGUUAUGGAUAUGGAAGUACUGAUGAGUUGAGAUGUCCCCAAUACUGGAUUCGUUAUCAAAAUACUUGUUAUAAAUUUGUCCGAUCUCCUCUUCGAGCUUAUAAUGAAGCACGAAAAAUAUGUCAGACCUACAGUCCAGAUAAUGGAGGAUCUGACCUAGUUUCAAUAAGUAACUCCGACGAGCAUGGCUUUAUUAUUAAUCAGUUAAAUGCUAUAGACCCUCAACACAGGCGAUGGUACAUAGGGGCACAUCAAACUUCUCCAAAUUAUUACACUAAUGUUGAUGGAACUCAAUUGGCUAAUAUGGAUAACGCGAUUAUGGAAAUUGAUUAUCCUUAUGGAAGAGAUUACCUAGCAUAUAACUUUUCCAAGCAUCAUUUACAUUGGGUAUUUGAACCUGUUAGGGGUGAUGAACCUCUGUUGUUUAUCUGUGAAGCAAAUAUACUAGCAGUACAAAGACUGGUUACUGAUGAUAGAAGUUUCACAUAUGGGAUUGACGUAACUGAUCCUGAAAAAAUACCUAGAGGGCCUUAUUUCAUUAAACAACCUGUCGAUGCCACUUUCGAUACUUCUAAAAGAAAGUUAUUAAACGAUGUUAGUAUAAGUUGUUUUGCAGGAGGAUAUCCAACUCCUACAUACGAAUGGUAUCGUGAAGAUUAUGAAAACGACAAACUUGUUGCCCAUCUGAUAGAUCCCUUAAGAGAUAGCCGUUACACUAUCAGUGGAGGUACCUUAAUCAUCCAUAAUCCCCAACAAAAACUUGAUCAUGCAACAUAUCACUGCAAAGCUUCCAAUAGAUUUGGAACAGUUAUAUCAGAAAGUGUUCAGUUAAACUUUGGAUUUAUACUUGAAUUCGUCCUGAAACGUUCACCUGAAUCUGGUGAUCAGAACUGGGGAAAGUCAUGGGGAAAGUCAAUUUACUGUGAUCCACCGAAUCAUUUCCCUUCUGUCAGAUACUCUUGGUCACGUGACUACUUUCCCAAUUUUGUUGAGGAAGAUAAACGUGUUUUUUCAUCCAAUGAUGGAGCCUUAUACUUUUCUGCGUUGGAAACGAUUGACAGAGCCAAUUACAGUUGCAGUGUUGAUUCAGAGUUUUCCGAUUCUGGUAGGAACGGACCAUUCUUUCCACUGAGGGUUAAUCCACAUUCCAACUACCAACAACUGAAAUUUCCCAACAAUUUUCCCAAGGCUUUCCCAGAAGCUCCCACUGCAGGAAAGGAUGUUAAAUUAGAAUGUAUUGCUUUUGGAUACCCAGUUCCGAGCUACAACUGGACCAGAAAGGGGGGUAGCUUACCAAGAAGUGCCUUUAUGACAAGUUACAAUAGAGUUCUAGUAAUUCCGAAAGUGCAAGUGGAGGAUGAGGGAGAAUAUGUUUGCCGUGCCUAUAAUGAUAGAGCUAGUAUUGAAAACAGUGUUAUACUGAACAUUCAAGCCGAACCUACAUUCACAAUUCCUUUAAAAGACAGUCAUAUGGACAGUAAAAGUGAACUCAUCUGGACCUGUGAAGCAUUUGGUAUUCCAGAUGUAAAUUAUACUUGGUGGAGGAAUGGACGGCAGUUGGUUCAAGGAUAUAUGGAUAGAGAAGAUAGAGGAAGAAUUAAAAUCCAGGAUAACGUCUUGAUCAUAUCAUACUUAGAUCAAGAAAGAGAUCCUGGAAUGUAUCAAUGUAGAGCUUCCAAUACUUUAAAAACUACAUACUCAUCAGCGCAGCUCAGAGUUUUAGCUUUCAAGCCUUCUUUUAAGAAAAAUCCUUUGGAAUUCGAAUCUUAUGCAGCUGAAGAAGGUAAUGUUACCAUUAAAUGUAACCCAGAGGCAGCUCCUAGACCUAAAUUUGUGUGGAAGAAAGAUGGAAACGUUAUUGGUUCGGGAGGUCAUAGGAAAAUAUUUGAAAAUGGGAAUUUGUAUAUCAGCCCGGUUUCUAGAGAUGAUGAGGGUAUAUACAUAUGUACAGCAUCCAAUGAAUUAGGCAUUGACGAAUCACGAGGUCGAUUGAUUGUAUUACGAGGUCCUCGUCUUGUCGAACCAUUACGUGAGACUAUGGUGACAUCUGUUGGCAGGAAUAUUGACUUGCGUUGUUACGCCGUGACAGAUGAGAUGUUAGAUAUUGCAUACAUAUGGAAACACAAUGGAAUGGUUAUAAGAGAUGUCGAUGUUAAAAAUUCAUACAAUCGUAUAAAAGUUGAUGGUGGCUAUCUAAGAAUAAUAAAUGCAACAUUUUCUGAUUCUGGUGAUUAUGAAUGUGUUGUUAAAUCAGCAGUAGGUAGAAUAUAUUCGAGGUCUCGAGUCAUAGUAGAAGGCCCGCCUGGCCCACCAGGUGGUGUUCAAGUAUUAAAUAUUCAGAAAACAUCAGUUACAUUGCAAUGGACAGAUGGUGCCACCCAUGGUUCCCCAAUUUAUAGUUACACGAUUAGCGGAAGGACCAAUUGGAAUCACACAUGGGUGAACAUUACCCAUCAAGUUAGGGCAACAGAAAUUGACAGAUAUACAGGAAGAAAGGAGACCACAAUAGACAAUAUUCUUAUACCUUGGUCUGUGUAUGAGUUUAGAGUAGCAGCAUGGAAUUCUUUGGGAAUGGGUGAACCAUCUCAACACAGUCCCAGACAUGCUACUCCACCUGAUAGACCUUACGUUGCUCCUCGGAAUAUUGGUGGAGGCGGAGGCAAAAUUGGAGAUCUUACUAUUCGUUGGGAACCUCUGAGGCCAGAUGAACAAAAUAGCCCUGGAAUACAUUAUAAAAUAUUCUGGAAACGUAAGGACGGAGAAGUUGAAUUUAAGAGCCAGAAACUGGAAGAAUUUGGAAAUGUUGGAGAGGCUGUAGUCAAUAUAGAUAUCAAAUGGUAUUACACAGAAUAUAUAGUUAAAGUUCAAGCUUUUAAUAAUGAAGGCGCUGGGCCUAUUAGUCCUGAGACAGUCAUUUAUUCUGCCGAAGAUAUGCCUCAAGUGGCACCACAGUUAGUUAUUGCCAAAUCCUUUAAUUCCACUGCUCUUAAUGUCAGUUGGGUUCCUGUUGAUCAAACUAGGGAGAAAGUUAGAGGAAGGCUCAUAGGUCACAGAAUCAAGUACUGGAAAAAAGAUACUAACGAACAAGAUGCAGUCUACUAUUUAUCAAGAAAAAUACAACCAUGGGCUCUCAUUGUUGGUCUUCAACCGGACACUUAUUAUUUUGUUAAAUCAAUGGUGUAUAAUUCCGCUGGGGAAGGACCAGAGAGUGAACGUUUUAUUGAACGUACUUAUAGAAAAGCUCCUCAAAAACCGCCUUCUUCUGUUAUGAUAUAUGGCAUCAAUCCAUCCACGGUCAAGGUUGUGUGGCGAUAUGUGCAGCCAUCAUUAGAAGAAGAACCAUUACAGGGUUAUAAGAUUCGUGUAUGGGAAAGUGAUCAAGAUUUGAGCACAGCCAAUGACACAAUAAUUCCGUUUGGAGGAAAGCUGGAGGGAUAUGUGAAUAACCUAUCUCCUGGAAAAGUCUACAAAUUGAGAGUGUUGGCGUACUCCAAUGGUGGAGAUGGUAGAAUGAGCUCUCCAGCAAAAGAAUUCCAAAUGGGAAAACCUCAAUAUUUUCGCAGCGCAGCUACUGACGUACAAAACAGUGUAAUUAUACUUGCUAUUGCUCUAGCAGCACACUUCUUCUUUACGGAGUCGUGACAGUAUAACAAAUUUGUAUGAAUCAUAGGAUUUAAUUGUUAUAAUAGUAUUAUACUAAGAUUGAAAGGAAGCAGCUGAGCUCAUGGUUGAUUAAGUCCACUUAUCGGUUCCAUGACAGAUCGUAACGCAACAGUUCAUAACCCCACACAUGGUUAUGGACAAUUCGUCGCGCCGACGAUUCGUAACGGUAUAAUUCGUAACGCCAACAUUUAAUUUUUUUAGCAAAUUAGUAUUACUGAAUUUAUACAAAAAUUUAUUUUGCAUACAUUCCUAUACUAGAAGUAAUGGUACUUUUUUAAGACCACUUCUUUUUAAAUAUAGUUUACACAUAUUUUUGUAUAUAUUUGUGGCGACACGCUUUAAUUACUACAUAUUUUUGCUAAUUUUAUUUUUUAAUAACUUUUCUCAAAACGGUCACAUAAAAUUCACAUUUAAUAUACAAACCAGAUGCUAAGAAGUUUUACGAAACGAAAUGUAUCCCUAACCAUAUGUUUUUGGUGUGUUCAGUUUAACAAACUGAAACUUCCCCAUAAAUUAAUUACCUUAUCGAUCUUAUGUCAACGCACUUUUUAAAUGCAUUCGAAGACGUUUCUUAAAACUACAGAAAGGUUCUGAGCUUUUAAAACGCCAGAUGUAGUAAUUUAUUGCCUUUUCUAGCCAUAUUGUAAAACCGCAAACAUGAUGACCGUGCUGUGGUCUCCGCAGUAUCGUCACGGCAGGCACGCAGUUCAGACGCACCGUCGCUGCCCUCAAACAAUAAACAACCCUCUUAUGAGACGAAUAAGCACGCCUUUUAACCAAAAAUAAAAUAAAUAUCACUGUUCGUUAUUUACACUUAUUUUUAAUUGAUUCCGUUAACACCCACACCAUCGGAACAUAUGACACACUCUUAAUAUGACAACUAAAGAAUUUUUUUUUAAUUGUUUAUCUUUAAUUAUCACUUUAAGUUAUUAUGCGGCGUUACGAACUCUCGCGUUACGAAAUGUCUUGUCACACCACGUAUCUCUCAGUUGGACUUAAAAUUAUGACUCUUUGAUAUAUAUCAAUAGAUCUGAUUUUUUUAAAAUUUUUUACAUGUUUUUUUGAAUAUUUUUUUACUGUAUAGUGGUAUUGACUCCGUCCAAUAGAUAUAUGGUUUUCUAUGUUUUUAUUUUACCAUGAAGCAAAAUCUUAUUCCUCUGCAAGUACCUGCAAAAAUGAAUGACCAAAAAAGUGAAUCAAAAGUAGAUUUUGCUUCAUAGGUCGGUAAUGUUAUCGAUUUUAAAAGUGAUAAUUUUAUAUUUACACUAUAAUAAAUUUCCAAUAUUUUUAA